AUGCAAUACAAGGUCCUUGCCACUCUUUUCUUCGCCGCCACGGCCCUAGCUGCCCCUGCGGAUUCUACUUCCACAUCUUCAAGCACUGAGUUUACCGAUAGCGACGACAUUUACGGUGACAUCUACGGUGACAGUUACGGUGAUUUUUACGAUGACAUUUAUGCGGCUGUGCCUAGCUCUAUCUUAACUGUUCUGGCAACAGCCAUUCCGGCAACAUGGUACAACGACCUCUUGAACCCGGCCUCUCGCGACUCGAUUGUCAGCGAAGCUAUGGCUGGCACCUACCCAGCUUGGUACAACUCGUUGCCUAGCAGCGUCAAGGCCUGGGCCACUUCCAACCUUGAUGGCGGGUUCAUUGGCGCCUCGGAAACCGCUACUCAGACCGUGACUGCUGAGAGCAGCGCUGUUAAGACUAGCUCCACCACCGCUGCCAGCCAGACCUCCACUGCCAGCCAGACCCCUGCCAAGACCACUUCGGCUUCCACCACCUUCUCGGGCUCCAGCUCUCCGUCUAGCUCUCAGUCUAGCUCUCAGUCUAGCUCUGACUCGAGCUCUAGCUCUGCAUCAUCUUCUCCCUCAUCUUCGCAGUCUACUGGUGGCGCCCCUGCUCCUACUGGGGGUAUUACCAUGGGUGUUGCCGGUGCAGCUGGUGUUUUGGCUCUGGCUCUUGCCCUGUAG